CACCAUUGUUUUUAGUUUCGUGAGUCUCGUUGCAAACAACAUUUUGUACGAAUAGUUUAUGUGUUCAUUUCUUAAAUAACAAAGCAAAUGUUUAUUUUGUACAAAUUGGCGUCGUUUAUCGAUUAAUUGUUGAACGUUUUCACAAAAUUAGUUCGAAAUCGUAAGGAUUUGUUGCAAUCUUUUUCUAUUUAAUUCUACAACAAAAAAAAACAUACACAACAAAGAUGUUUUCGGGUCUCGAUAAUUUUCUCAACGGUAAUAAUAACUUAAAUUUGAAUGAUAUGCCGGACACGUCAUUACAAUCAAGCGUAAAUGAUAGCUUUGAUCUUGAUAUGUCUGAUUUGGUAGCCGAGAAAAAAUCACAAAAAAAUGGUAAAAACCCCAAAAUGGGCGGCGAUGACGAUGACAGUGAUUCAGAUUCAAAUGGGGUAUCGUUUGUGCCAGUUAAAGGUCAAAAGUUGGCAGCAAGACGACUUAAAAAGAUUGGUGACACACUAAACAGUAAAAUGGUCCAGACCAAACGAGUCCAAGUACAAAAAGAAAGACUGGCAUCGAAAAAGAAAUCGCCGAAAAAACGAACAACCAGAGGUCGUCGACAACGACGUAUCGUUGAUUCAGAUUUAUCCGAUUUGGAUUCAGAAGAUUCCGAUGAACCGGCUACCUCAAAUGGUCCAACACGUCGACCAUACAAUCCAAAUUUAAUUGUUCUUGAUUGCGAUGACGAAUUUAUUGGUGGACCAGCUGUAAAUGUAACACGAAAUUUAGCAACCGCAUCAGUUGUUUCGGUCGAAGAAAGUAUGGAUUUGAAGGUUAGCGUACGAAUCAAUGGUAAAAUUGAGCACUUUUUCAUGAAUAAGUUCCAAAAGUUUUCUGUAUUAAUCGGUCAAAUUUGCGAUAAAAAGAAAGUACCAUCCGAUCAUGUUAGAUUGAUGUUCAAAGAAAACACCGUUUAUGAAUCGGACACACCGCAAGCAAUUAAUUAUGUUCAAGGCUUAGUUCUGCAGGCACACAUCACCGAUAUGGCGUCCAAAAGCAAGACAACUGCUAAAUCAUUAGCAAAUGCAAACGCGGGUAAAAUGGAAAUUAAAAUCCAGAGCGCAGGUCGAAAACGACCGUUUAUCACAUACAUUGGUUCAACCGAUCAGCUGAUUACACUUGCAUUUGCAUGCGCCGAAGAAUUUAAGUGUGAUGUAAAUAAAGUUCUCAUCGAAUUCGAUGGUGAAUUCAUAAAUUUCAAAGAAACAGCUGACGAUUUGGGGCUUGAAGGUGGUGAAGUUUUCGAUUUUUAUGAGAAAAAAAAAUAAAUCAACAUCGAGUGAA